AUGGCGCUGGUUGGGUCAGGAGGCGGACGGAAAAGGAGGGAUGGGCCUUUCCUUACGGGCCUGGUAGCUACUAGGUACUCAUCAUCCAAUAUGAGGUUGACGUGCCCUAAGGAUCUUUCUGUCAGUGUGGCGUCUUUUUAUCUAAGACUCUCCGGGUUUUGGUUAGCCACUAGUCGCAGAGAACAAUUGCUCAGGAACGCUACUAUUUUGUAUACCAUCAUCAUAUUAAUCUUCUUCUUGUGGCUUCAGAUGAGGGGCCUCUACUUCUCUUUGGAAGACUUUGUGGCCUGCAUUUUCAUCAUAUGCAACUCCGUGGGACUGGUGCUGAAUUUAACCAAAAUCAUCAUCGUAUUUAUACAUAAGAGGAAAUUUCUUAAUUUAAUUGCAUAUAUGCAGAAUAAUUUUUGGCAUUCAAAUUACGAUCAAAACGAACACGAGAUCAUAGCAGAUGCAAAAUAUAUGUGCAUUUACUUUGUUUGUGUGUUCGCAUUUUUUUCUCAGUGUACCGUUUUUUCCUACAUGAUAACACCGAUAUUAGAAAAUAUUGGAAAGAACGAAUCAGAGAGAGUGCUUAUAUUUAACAUGUGGUUGGACUUGCCAUUGUCUAUAUCGCCAUAUUUUGAAAUUGCAUAUGCGAUACAGGCUUUGAGUCUCUACCAUACUGGAGUAUGUUAUCUUUGCUUCGAUAAUAUAUUCUGCAUUAUGUGCUUACACGUAGGGGGCCAAUUCCGUGUACUACAAUAUAGAAUAAGCAAAAUGUCAAGACAACAGAAGAAAAGAAAUUUUGACGAACAUGAAGACCCGUAUACUUCGGAGAAAUGUUAUGCGAUAUUUAAAAAUUGUAUUGAACAACAUCAAACUCUCAUUGAGUUUUGUGAUACGAUGGAAGUAAUAUUUAGAGAAAUUGCAAUGGACCAAGUGAUCAUAUUUAGCAUAUUAAUUUGCUUCAUCGGGUAUCAGUUAGUUUCGGUGAAUCUGUCUGUUUCGUAUAAAACUGCUUUCGUAUCUUUUUUACUGUGUACUAUGUGCCAACUAUGGAUGUUCACAUAUAGUUGCGAUUUCGUAACGCAAGAGAGUGCGAAUGUUGGGUCGGCUAUUUACACAAUACCGUGGACUGAUUUCCCAAUGGAUAAACAUGGAAAAAUGUUACGAAAAGAUUGUCAACUCCUUAUCAUGCGGACCCGCCGUGCGUGCUGUUUGACCGCCUGUGGCUUCUUUCCUAUAUCUCUCGACACUUAUACCAAGAUCAUGAGUACAGCAAUGUCAUACUUUACCAUACUGAAGCAGAAUAGCGUGAAUGCAGUAGAUACGUAA